AGAUAGCGCAGAUAGCGCACCUAGCGCACGCCUCGCAUGAGUGUGAACCUCGAUGUGGAGUGCGGCCAUACCAGAGAAGGCGAUCAAGUCUACCUGGUGGGCUCAGGCCCCUUGGGGGGAUGGGACCCAUCGAAAGCGCUGAGCCUGGAGACGGGCCCGCAGCUCUUCCCCAGGUGGAAAGGUCAGCUGGAUACAACUCCAGAGGGCACAGAGUGCAAGUUGAUCAUUCGCAGAAAAGAGGGGCACAUCGAUUGGGAGCCCGGGGCGAAUCGGAGCUUUCCGAGCCUCUCCUCCCCUUCGAAGCUGUGCAUGGCCUUUGGAAAGCCUGGCAUGGACCUGGUGCCGAUGGGUGGCUAUGAGGCAGCGCCCGGACCGGCGAUGGAGUCAACACUCUCCAUUGGUGAGAUGGAGAUGAGCAGGGCCAACACCCGCAAAGACUUUCGCCAGCGCUUGAUUGACAUGGAGUUCUCCACGAACAUUGAGGAGAGAUACGAGAUCGACAAGGUGAAGCUGGGCGAGGGCGGCUUUGGCACUGUAAGGCGGGCCCGCGACAAGGAGACGGGGGCACGACGAGCGGUCAAGUUCAUCGUGAAGUCCGGCGUGGCGAAUGUUGACCAUCUCCGCCGCGAGAUCCAGAUCACGCAGAAGAUGGAUCAUCCCAACAUCGUCCGGCUCUUUGCGGUGUAUGAGGACCGUUGCAACCUUUACUUGGUCAUGGAGCUUUGCGAGGGCGGGGAGCUCUUUGAUCGCUUGGUGGAGGAGAAGUACCUCACAGAGCCCAUCGUUCGGAAGGUGAUGAAGCAGGUGUUUUCGUCCAUCUCCUACUGCCACGGCAAGGAUGUCGUUCAUCGAGAUCUCAAGCCGGAGAACUAUAUCCUCCUGGACAGGGGCAAGGGUGUGGACGCGACCCCCUUGAAGCUCAUCGACUUCGGCCUGGCGCAGCGCUGCCGGGACGGGCAGCAGCUCAAGUCCGCGGUAGGCACCGCCUUCUACGUGGCGCCCGAGGUCAUGGCGGGGAAGUACGCCAAGGAAGUGGACGUUUGGGGCUGCGGUGUGCUGAUGUACUGCUUGCAUUGCGGUAGCCCUCCCUUCUACGGCCGAACUGAUGUGGAUGUCCUGCGGAAGGUGAAAAAAGGCCAGUACAGCCUGGAUGGGCCGAUUUGGGAGCCCGUGUCCAAGGCUGCGAAGGACCUCAUCUCGCGUUGCCUGGAGAUGGACCCCUCCAAACGGAUCUCGGCCCUCGACGCGCUGAAGCACCGCUGGUUUGCAGCUGGAAAGCCCGAGAGCCUGGUGAAGCUGCAAGCGGAUGUGCUCUCAAACCUCCGGGGCUUCAGCGUGGCGAACCGCUUCAAGAAGGCCGCGUUGACAGCCGUGGCAUAUCAGCUGACAGCAGAGGAGCAGCGCGAGCUACGGGAGGCCUUCAUGAAGCUAGAUGCCAACGGGGACGGCUACCUCAGUUUUCAGGAGAUCAAGACAGGUCUGGAGCAGCACAUUCUCGACGGCCGCAUCCCCAACUUGGCUCAGAUUCUGGAAGGCAUCGACACGGAUAACGAUGGCAAGAUCGAGUAUACUGAGUUCAUCGCAGCCGCCAUGGACCAGCGGUUGCAGAUGAACGAAGCUGUUUGUUGGCGAGCCUUCAAAAGUUUUGACAAGGACGGGGAUGGUACCAUCACCCUGGAGGAGCUGCGGAAGGUGCUGCAUGAUGAUGAGCUGCAGAGCCAAGUGCCGGCCACCCGCAGCGCCAGUUCCAUCUUCAUGGAGAUGGACAGCAACAAAGACGGGAGCAUUUCUUUCGAGGACAAGUUGCAUGAGGCCCCUGGCGAUCUGGUGCACAUAUCCAACUCAAAAAUGAAAUGCAGUUGCAUCCGGAAGUGGUAUUGCAGAUGGGCCAUGCUGUUGCCAUGCGAAAAGUGGGAGGCAAAUCAGCACCAUGCUCAGAGGAGUUCAUGGAUAUGCUGCACGGCCAAGCUUUGCCACAGAGGCGCGGUCAAUCCGCGAAGCUGGAAACAACAAUCAACAAAAUUGAUGUCGCCGAGCAAGAUCGGACCAAGUCGGCAAUGUUCUGAGCAGUUUUCUGGUGGCCAUGCUGCGGUCUUACCUGCGCUUUGCGACGAGCUAGCCAGAUCAGAUGAUAAGUUAAUUCCUCCUGUCCAGCACGGCUAAAGGCCGAGCAGGUACAGUGAUUUAGCGCACCAGCCACAGUCUCUAUUACAUUUACCCUUGUUGACUCACUGCAGAGAUUGAUUCAUGUUGAUAUUUAGACAACUGACAAUGUUGCGUGUCCGUGGUUGGGGUUGGCCAUGCUCGGAGCUCGACCACGGACCCAAUUUUCCCGCUUGCCGUUCGGCACGCCAUGGAAGGCUUUAUGGGAAGCGUGACACUGGAAUGCCACGCCAUUCUGAAAGCGUCAGUCGAACUGUUUGAAUGAUUUGACCGUGACUGGCCGCAGCUGCUUGCUUCAUUCCCGUGUC